GCUUCCAUUAUGUAGUAACUUUAGGAGAUGGUCUAGUCUAUGGAUCGACACUUUUGAAAUUAUGAUUAGAUAAGUCAAUUCUUCCAUAUAGUAAAAGGGAACACACAGUGCUCAUGCAAUGUUGGGAAGAGAAACUGCGAUAAUAGUGAAGCAUGCCACUUUAAUCUGCUCAUAAUACAAAAUAGAUUAAACAAAGGAAUUGUCUUGAAGUUUAAUAUGUGCUCGAAGUAAUAUGAGCAUGGAUCACAGAACACUAGGGAAAGAAAAGAAAAGAGUAUACGGAGACGUUUUCAAGAUACUAUUGCCAUCAUUUCCAGAAAAAGUCAGAAAUUGUUGUCUAAGAACUUUAGCCCCUUAUACUUGACGCAUCAGGAUGGAAGAUUAUGUAUGGUGUAAUGGAGGGAUUAGAGUUGUCUGUUGUUGUGUGUUGUGACUUGUUUAUAUUGCUAUAUUCUCCAGCUGUAACAUGCAUUGGAUGUGUUGUGUUUCUCCCCUUUGUGCAUCGGCAUUUUAAGGAGAUAGAGAUUGUUCCCUGUGAAUAUAUGUUAAGCCAUACUUGCAUCCAGCUUGGUUGUGGUUUUCCACCAGCCACAUGGAUCUUAAUGAUCUAAACAAAGUCUGGGAAGUCAAACCUUUGAAGAAGGUACGUGAUGAUGAGGCAAGAGAAAUUCUUGAAAAGGUAGCGAAGCAAGUGCAACCUAUAAUGCGCAAACGGAAAUGGAAAGUCAAGGUGCUCUCUGAAUUUUGUCCUGCCAAUCCAUCACUUUUAGGACUCAACAUAGGAGGAGGUGCAGAGGUUAAGCUUAGAUUGCGGCGACCAAACAAUGAGUUGGACUUCUUCCCUUAUACUCAAAUUCUUGACACCAUGCUUCAUGAACUCUGCCACAAUGAAUAUGGCCCGCAUAAUGCUGAUUUUUAUAACCUAUUGGACGAAAUCAGGAAGGAAUGUGAAGAGCUUAUGGCUAAAGGAAUUACAGGUACUGGACAAGGAUUUGAUCUCCCCGGAAAGCGAUUGGGUGGGUUUUCUCGACAACCUCCAUUGUCAUCAUUGCGGCAGAAAGCACUGGCUGCUGCAGAAAACAGAUCACGAGUUGGAGCACUUUUGCCAUCGGGGCCUAAGCGUCUGGGGGGUGAUAGUAGCAUCAAGGCUGCACUCACCCCAAUUCAGGCUGCCGCUAUGGCUGCAGAAAGGAGGUUACACGAUGAUCUGUGGUGCGGCUCCAAAAUGGUAGAGAGCAAGGGACCCUCUGAAAGCUCUAAAACUUCAGUAGGACCAAAGUCUGAUCAUAUUUCAGUUCUAGGAACCGAUCCUCAGAUAAUGUGGGAAUGUUGUGCAUGUACUUUAUUGAAUCAGCCGCUAGCGCUUCUAUGUGGAGCUUGUGGAAUCCCGAAGGAUAGAGGAAAUGACGCAAAUGCAGCAAAAGUCUGGUCUUGUAAGUUUUGCACGCUGCAUAAUAGCCACGAGAUUGACCGGUGCUUAGCUUGUGGAGAGUGGAGAUACUCUUAUGGUUCACCUGUUUCAACCACUGGUCCUCAUAUUGGCACCUAAAACACGAGAAGCGAAGAAUUUUAAAUUACAGGCGGACUUUAGUACAGGUCAGACGUUAUUUAUUAAAUUAAUUGCAAAUGUGUAUAUGGUGUAAUUAAGUGGCCGUAUUCACCCUCCUUAUUGCCUAUUAUGCUCGAGAAAACAUCUGUGAAUUUGUUAAUAUGAUGUUGAGUUGUUGGUAGUCAUUUAAGGCCUAUAAUGAGCUGUGUGCCUGUGUUAGAGAAAAAUAGUAAUUAAACUAUUAAAGUAGUUGGUAUCAGAACUUGA